GCGGUCGGAGCACGCGAGCAUGCCGCACGCGACGAGGCGUGUUGUCGGUGGAAGACUCGACUUUACUCCUCCUCAUCUUUCAGCAUCUCAAAAUGAAAGGCUUGUCGGGCGCCGCUGACCUGCUGGAGAAACACGUCGUCCAGGUGGGGACACCAGAAGAGGGCUUAGGUCUCCAGGACAUCUACAAAGCAUGGAUAAAGCUGUGCUCCAUUCCCCGGCAAGCUGAGCAGCCAGAUGAGGAUGAGUCCAUAAAAGUAGAACCUGAGGAAGGCUCUGAGGAGACCCUUGCAGAAGAUAACAUGGAUGUCAACAUGUCGCCAGUCUCUGAGCAAACAAUGGUAGCCAACGGAAAUGUUCACAAUGGCUCUCCUGAUGAUGACGAUGAAGAAGAAGACAAGGCUAGAAAGCAGCCGCAACUCAUCUCGGAUGCCGAAGAGGCCCAAGGUGACACCUCUGGGCUGGAGGAGACAGAUGUCAAUCAAACAGAGGCCACGCCCACCCUAAGUGAUGGCACCGAGACAAGUGAGCUAGCCAUGCCCACCCUCGCCGGGGACGCCAACGAGCAGCCAACAGACAACCAAACCCUGCUUCCUGCAGACCUGAGGGCUGAGCAGGAGGAAGAGGUACUUGUCAAGAUGGAGGUCAGUGAUGAUUUGAAGCAGGAGGACCACACGGACGCGCCAGAAGACCAAGAAGCUACUGAUGAUGGGAAAUGUGGUGUCGUUCCUUCAAUGCCUGCGUCUUCUGGGUGUGAUGGUGUCAAUCAUAUCAGCUGUCCAUUUGGGACCUUUGAUGGAAAGAUGUCUGCUGCGGAGGAGCGAGACUGCAAGAAGAAAAACAAGAAGAGGAAGAAGCACGAUGAAGACAAACUCUCUGAAAUUGAAGUCACAAAAAGGAAGAAGGUGGAAGACAUCAAGGAGGAAAACGUGGAGGACGUAGUGUGUCCACCAGAGGAGGAGGAAAAGAAGGGAAAGAAGAGGAGGAAGAGGAGGAGGAGGAGGAAGACGACAGGACAGAGGAGCCAGGAGGUGCAAUGCAAUGCAGAACCAACAGGGGGCAAUGCUGAGACACCCACAAAACAGGAAGCAGCCGGUGGCGCCGCUCCUCCGCUCUCAUCCAGCAAGAAGACGCAUCCACAGGAGAAAGUGAGCCGCAAGAAGAGGAUGAGGCUGAAGAAAUCCCAGCUAGGCCACAAGCAAGACAUCCCAGAAGAAUCCAAAACCUCCAAGACAGAGACGUACGCAACCGUGGAGGAGGAUGCACCAAAGAGCAAGAAGAUCAAACGGGACCAGUCGCCUGCUAGAAGUGCCAAGGAAGACAAGAAGAAGAAGAAGAGAGCUGCCAGUGAGGAGAAGAUGGAAGGUGCUGUUGGGCACGUUGAGCCUCUUCCUGGUGGACACUCAGCUCACCUGUCAGAGAAGAAGAAAAAGAAGAAAGCAGCGGAAUGUGAUGAGACAUCAGCCAAGAAAACAAACAAGAGACUCAAAUAUCAAAAGGAGGAUGGCCGACUUCCUGUUGCUUCAAUCCAGUGAUGUUCUUGAUGACCCGCGAGGAUGGACCGAGCAAGAUGGACGUUCCAGCCACGCCGACAGUCUUUAUGCCUUCAUAUUGUAAAGGUUUGACAAUGAAAACGUAGCUUUACAGAUACUUUACUGUGUAGUACUACAAGAUGAGGGAGGAAUGACUUCAGUCAUUACAUAACAAAUAAUGUUGACGUUAAAUUUAUUGUAUCUGCGAAACGCUAAACAUGUAGCGUGUCACUGUGAAGCUUUGUGUAGUUUGUCACAUUUUUUUUGGGGGGGGGGCAGAGAAAUAA